CUUCGAAGUCGGAGCUCUGAAAAUAUUUCGCUCUAGUAAAUGAACAUUUUUUGUUUAACUACGUUAUUAGAUAUCAGUUUGGGUAAGUUGUGAUGGCGGAGGAGAAAGAGAACCGUUUCAACGGGGCAGGAGAUUCAGAAUAUGAACUUACGCCGGCACAAAGGUCACCCGGUCAACAACUGGACGACGUGGACAAACCACGUGCGUCUUCAUCAGAUGAAAAUUCCUCUCAGACGAAAGAGAAGAAACGCAAGCCAUCCAAGUACAAACGUUUAGAAAAAGCUUGGAAUGAAAAAUUUGCUAAUUUGACAAACAAAUUAGACUUAUUGUUGCAAAAAUAAGCUGUCACAGAGACAGCCUCAAGUUCUACUUCGUCACAAAGACAGAAGUCAAGAAGUAAACAUUAUAUGUCUGACAGUCACAGCUCUCAAGAGGAUGAUAUCUCGAUUAGGACAGAGGGACGUUUCUCAAAUUCUGAAUCUGAGUCGGACCCUGUCAGUGACAAUGAAAAUUGUGAUACCAGUAAAUUGUCCAGCGCAACUCAGAAGUGUUUGUUUGACAUUUUUGGUGAGGAUGUUGUUCUUAAGAAACAGGAUGAAAAAUCUGGAAUUUCUAUUGACACUUCUCAAAAGGAGGUGUUGAACAGUAACUAUAGAACUGAGUCUUCAAAUUCUUUGACUGCUUUUAAUGAAGAUAAUUUUGAGCAGUUCCCUGUAGACUCUGACACUGACAAGUACCUGGAAGUUCCUUCCCUAGACAGUUUAGUUGAUAGCUGCCUAGUAAAAAGACAUGGGUCUAAAGCAUCUUUUUCUAAGAAUAAACAAAAAGCACUUUUUUCUCAACCUUGCAAAAUGAUUGAGAAAAUUGCAUAUAAAGGUCAGCAAGCUAGUCGACUCGGUAUUGUUAUGCAAUUAUACAUUCAGCAGAGUUUAGGUUCUUUGGUUGAAAAUAUUUCCAAGGACAAAUGUGGCAAAGAACAAACUAUUGAACAUGUCCAAAACAUUUUUGCAAUGACCACUAAGUGCUUAGAUCAAAUAGGGCGUUCUGGGGCUUUUCAUCACGUUGUUAGACGCACAACAGCUAUGUGUGACACUGCCUUGUAUGAACUGGAAGAUGCUUCACAGUUUUCUAAUCUCCCAUUAUCAGGUGAAGGUGUUUUUGGCAAAGGUCUAGAAGAACUACUGAAAUCCAGAAAAGAGAAGAAAAAACAACUGGAAGAUUUAGUUCCUGAGGUUAAAAAGAGAAAAUUGCCUGACAAUUCUCAGCCGCAAGCGCAUAAACAUGCUAGAUAUGACAGUACAAGACCUACACGAAGUAGUGGUGGCGGUUUCAGUACAAAUUUCCGCAGUUACAACCGUGACAGAUGGAAUAAUUUUCGUAUUCCAAAGCUACCAAACAGAGAGGGAGACUCCAAAAAAGGAUAUGGGCAGCGCAGAUCCUCUCAAACUUACAAAGGCAGCAGCACAAAAGCUGAAAAGCCAACUAGACAAUGACCAGGCUGUCUCAAGAAACAUCCAUUUGAACCCUUGAAAGACAUUUCCUUGAAGUAUUUAACGUGGAAGACCUGUUUUUUAGUAGCCAUCACAACCUUCAGAAGGUGCAGCGACUUACAGUCUCUUCAACUUGGGGAAAG